AUGGCUGUUCCAGGGCGUGAAGUUGAUCUAUCUACGCUUGCCCGCCACCUCGCGGAGCAUGGUCCGCACAAAACGCUUCCCACAGAAAGACGCGUAAGAAUCCUGAUCAACGGCGCCUGCAUCGCGGAUACGCUCGGUACAGCAGGAGCCCUGUUCGUCUGGGAACACCCAUACUACCCACAACUCUACUUUCCAAAAGAUGCUCUGGUGAAAAACGUCUCAGGCUAUGGAAUCACCUACGAAAACCAUCUAGAUGUCAAAGACACUCACAACAAUACCAUCGCAACCACACUGAAAGUCAAAGUUCAGCGAAAAUCAGACAACAACAUGAAAGAGGUUAAAGAUGGCUUCGUGGUCUUCAGCAAAGAUCUCCCUGGUAAAGCAAGCCCCCUCAGCAACAUGCUCAAAGUAAACUUCAGCGCUGCAGACCAAUGGCUCGAAGAAGACACACCAAUCUUCGUACACCCAAAAGAUCCUUUCAAACGCAUCGAUAUCCUCCACUCUUCCCGCAGCCUGUGUGUCUCCAUCAAAGGCACCGUCAUCGCUGAAUCAUCCACUUGUAUGCAGCUCUAUGAGACUGGGCUGCCAGUGCGGUACUACAUACCNCUAACCUCCAUUUCCACUUCUGUACUCAGAGCCAGCAAAACAACAACACAAUGCCCGUACAAAGGAGAAGCAGAGUACUAUGAUGUAGUCGUUGAUGGCGAAACCCACAAAGAUGUUGUGUGGUUCUACACUCGACCGACCUUGGAAUGCGGCACUAUCGCAGGGUUGUGUUGUUUCUACAAUGAGAAAGUGGACAUGGAGAUCAAGACUGGAGAUGCGUGGGAAAAGCAAGGGAGGGCAAAGACUAUCUUUAGUUGA